AUGCCCUUGUGAGUAGAGGAAGGUAGUUAGCCAUCUAGCGAGUGCACUGGCCAUUUUCAAGGCUAGUUAAUGAUAUUACCCUUGUAAAACAUUACCGUUCAUAAAUUCAGGUCUGUUGUGUAUUUGCUGCUUAUAAUACCAUGGCUGCCAAGAUAUUGCCGGUCGUCAAGUUUGCCACAAAGGUGACCAUUGCAGGUGGUGCUUUCUACGUAGCGUACGACACGGGGUUGCUUGGGGGAAGUGAAGAGGGCUCUGUUGUCCUUGGAAGGGCCAAAGCUGCCGUACCGCCCGCAGUGGAUGAAUGGAUGAAGUACUUUGGAUUUGAGCUUCCUGCCGUGCCUAAAAUCGAGUUCUCUCCAGUCAGCAUGUGGAACUCUGGUGUUCAAACGUCCAUCCAUGCUUUAUCUGUGGCACCUACGAGAGUGUGUGAUUAUACCAACCAAGGUGUGCAAUACCUGAAGGACUUAGUGAAAUGAACUAACUUCUCAACACAAACAAUUAAUAUUGAACGUUGUUGUUUUUGUUUUUGUUUUUUUUUUUGUUUUUUUUUCAGUGGGUAUGACUGAAUGAAACAUAUAUGCAGGAAAAAUAUAUUCCCCUCUCCAAGUCCUUUGCUUAAACUCUUAGUUUGGGUGAUGCAGAGUGCGUGAUCACUCGACUGUUUUGCAACUUAUUUGAUGAGUAUUUUACCUUGAUAUACUGUAUGACGCUGAAGUCUGAAGGAGCUCUGCCUCUGCAGUGUCGAAGCAGAGUUUGAAGGAAAAUCACCCGUCUUCUGUGGAUGUCGUGAUGUCACAAGGUUUAUGUAUCAGCAACACGUUGAGUAUGCCUGGUGUGUUCUGGUCUGGAUGCUGUCCCUUCCUUCAGCAAGCUAAUGUCUUUUAUACAGGGAGAACUGCGGCUGUUUUUUGUAUAUAACCAACUCUGCAUUGGUCUCGAAUGUUAA